CUCUGUGCUGUGUAGAUGGUACAGUCCAAAAGCAGUCCGGAGUUGUUGCUGAGGAGCUUCUUCUGUUCAGCACAUACCGUCAAAGUGGCAUGCAGCCUACGCUUUUGUGUCCUGUUGCAAGAGAUUGCAUUGUUUGUGAAAAUGUUACCGUCUUCUCAUCGGAGUUACCUCGGACAGCACGGCAAGGUCGCGUUACUUCACCUUUUUUUGUGCAAUAUUACAGGUAUGUGGGGCAGUCAGGUGGUCGUGCCCCAGAGGGUGAGCGCUGUGUUGGGGAAGAAUAUGACACUGGAGUGCAGGGUGGAGGUGGGCACAAACCUUACUCUCACUCAGAGUUCCUGGGAGCGCCGUCUGCCUUCAGGCUCCGUCACCGUGGCUGUCUACAACCCACAGUUUGGUAUUUCCAUCCCGCCGGAGUUUAGCAAUCGCUUAUAUUUUCGUUCACCCUCCUCUCACGAUGCCACCAUCGUCCUGGAGAACGUGGGCUUUGCAGACGUCGGGAUAUAUACCUGUAAGGUUGCUACAUUUCCACUGGGAAACACUCAAGCCUCCACUACCGUCACUGUACUCGUGGAGCCGAAGGUCUACGUAUCUGCAGGGUCGACUGCCCUGAUUGAUGGUGGCAAUGAAACUGUGGUGGCCACCUGUAUUGCUGAGCGGGCCCGGCCUCCCGCUGAGGUUUCCUGGGAAUCCAACCUUUUCGGCCAGUCAGAAGUGCAACUAUUUGAUGACGUCAACGGCACCACAAGCACACAAGUGCGCUACCUCUGGCAGCCCACACGCCACGUCCAGGGCCACACACUUACCUGUGUUGUCCGCCACCCGGCUCUGCAGAAUGACUUCAGGAUCCCCUACCAGCUCAAUGUGCAGUUUGCUCCUGAUAUUUCAGUCGUGGGGUAUGAUGGAGACUGGUACGUGGGCCGGGAAAACGUUCAAAUGACGUGCAAAGCCAACGCAAAUCCGCCAGCUCAUCACUUCAGAUGGAUCAGAUUGGACAGUGAAAUGCCACAAGGAGUGGAAAUGAUGAACAGCACUUUGCUCUUCCUGCGUCCCCUCCAGCGGAAUGACUCUGGAGUUUACAGGUGUGAGGUUGCCAAUGACAUCAACCUCCGCAGUCGGGAUGUGCGCAUUCUCAUACAAGAUCCUCCCACCAUGCCUUCCACCAUUACUGCUCCUGUCCUAACUGGUUCUGCCUCCUCCACCUUAGUGGAUGAUAAGCGCCAUGUCCUUCUCAGCUCCCCCACCCUUGAAGCCCUACCUGAGAGUAAUCUGGGUUCCAUAGUGGGUGGGGCCGUGGGCGGGGCCUUGUUCCUGCUUCUGCUGCUGUGUCUGGUUGGUGUGUGUUACCUCCGGAAACAGCAGACCUUCCACGGGAACUACUACACCAAGCAGUACCUGGGCCCCAAUGACCUCCAGAAAGCCCCCGCGCAUCACGAGCUCCACCCAACCAAAGGUCGCGGCAGCUCCUACCAUCAAGACCACGACCGAGAGGAGUGGGGCGACCGGGAGCUCAAACAAGAGCGUGACCGUCGUCACCAUAGCAACUAUAACGGAGAGGAAUAUCCCUCUAACGGCUACACUAGGGCAAUGAGGGAGAGCAGUCACCACAUCAAUCAGCAGAAUCACCACCACGAACACACACAGUAUUCUAGUCCACGGCAGGCCAGAUGUGCCAGAUACCCUCAUUCACCCAAGCCACUGGAAAAUGGCUCCCCCUACAUGUCAGACGACUGCUACGAUAGCGGGCCCGAGGGCGAUUACGUCUCUCACACAGACGGCUCGGUCAUCUCUCGUAGGGAGUGGUACGUUUGACGAGCUACCUGGUCCCGCAGGAGCAGAAACACGACGGAAAUUCAAGGGUUUCAUUUAUUAAAUUUAGGAACACAUUAUUUCUCUUCUGUACGCACACUUCUACUAAUCUCAGUUCUGUAGUUCCCUCGUUUUGUUCAAGCGCCCUGGUUGACACUUGAGAUAUGUGUCUGUUCUCGAUAUGGAGCGACUGUGGACUGCACGGCCACUUUGACAGUCAACUUCUACACGCCUGCAGAAGUGGGCGUGUUACGAGUUUGUGUAUGUAGAGACUAACUAAAGGUCAUGAUGUAUGCGCUGUCUCUGCCUUACUACAUGGACUGCCAAUUUAUUUAGAAUUACUAAUGUAUGUCAGUUAAAGAAGCCCUGGGGGCUUAAAGAUCAUGUGGUUGUCUUAGAGGAAAGUCAUUGUUUAUUUAUACAAAAUCAGCCUUCUUUGGCUAUGUGAUGCUCAAUUGUAUAUGUUGAUACUGAUUACACUGAUUUGUUUAAAAGGCCUGUGACCACUGAAUAGUGUUGGCUGAUAUUCAAGAAUGGAAUGAAAAUGAAUCCAUGCAAUUCAGAUGGUCACAGGUCCUUUUCCCCAAACUCAGUAAGACAGCAAAGGCGUAAAGGCUAAUUUAAAAAAAAAGGAUUUGUCUCCCUGAGAAAUCAGGAUCCCUCUGUGAUUGAUGACCUCUCCACACUGAUUCAUGGUCAUAAAAUGAAUUGCACUGCCGAAUGCAAAACUUUAAUGGACGACCACAUUAUUAGACCAUUUGUUUUUCACUAAAAUGUCUACAGUUUAUGUAAAUUACCAUGAUGGGAGACUUGGGAGUUUGAGGACUUGACCACUGAUGUCUGAGCAGUGUCCUUGAAAAAUGAUGGCCUAGAGUGGAAACCUUAAGAGCAUAUCUACUGUACGUUCUCUGCUUGUGUUGUCCCAGGAGGGAGGGACGGGGGGAGGGACGGGGGGAGGGAGGGCGAGCAGGGAGGCCUGCAUGAAUGAGGCUCAGUUCACUGUGCAUAUCUCAUAUUCACUGACAUAUAGUGAAGAUGUGAUAUGCACAUUUGCUACAAAAUCAUGUCAUCCAGUGCAAGUUUAAAAAGGUUGGAAUAUUAUUACUUCUUUUUAACUUUGUGUUUCUGGUUAGUUGUCCUCUUCAGUUAGCCACAUACAGUCUCCUGUGUUUUCCUACACAAUGAUAAUGGAUGUGUUUGAGAAAAUUUGCACUCUGGCACCAAACCAGGGCUCUUGGAAAUUCAAGAGUGCUGUCAGCAGGGGCAUUGUUUAAAGCAGGCUACAGUAUGGCAGCCACCAUACACUGGCCUCCUAGUAUUAUGUUACACAAAGAAAUCAUUCAAAACUGCAGGCAUUACACUCCACCACAAAUAACCACCGAUGGUCUAAUUUCACUACUCAAGUAAUCUGUAGAAACUAGACAACGUGACUGUGUCACAAUUACAAUCUGACGCAUUAAUAGGCUUAUUGUCGUUUAUCCAUAUACACAACUUCAAGCUCUAAUCAUGUUCACCGUUCUUUUCAAAUUAAGCAUUAUUACUACCAGUACAACAAUAAAAUGUACAGGACUUAGACAAAUCAGGGUUUUUUGUGAUAGAUGUACUGUGGUUAUCCAAGCAUCCACUUUUUCAUCCACAGCACAGCGCAUACUUGCCAGAAGGGACAGACAAUAAUUUUGUUGCACUGAUCAUUAAAUCUUUCACUCGCAAUUAUACUUUGAGUAGCUAUAAAAAAAAAUACCCUCUGUGCAUUUUUUCAAGGAUUUCAGGGUGAAUUUACAAUUAAAUCUGCAUUUAUUUGUUAACCAGCCACAUCAGUCAAGACACUUAAACGUUGCAGGACGCACCAAGUACUGUGAUUGAACUGAGGAACAUGUGUUUUACAAGUCAGUGUCAUUGGGCUGAGGAGCCCCAGUAGUUCAGGAGUUAAACUUGGAUAAAACUAUUAUGGAUUUAAAGAUAAAGUAUUUUGGCACAUGCACCUCUUUACCAGAUAGCAUGGAGGAGAUCCAGCAGUUUCCUUCAUGUACACUAGUGUUUGUGAAUACAUGCCAACUUUAGUAGUUUGGUCACUAUACAAUAUUUGCUUCAAGAUGCCAAAUAUUUGUUUAACUUGUAUGUAUAAAUAUGAUGAUGACAGUGUCUCACAUAAGUAUUACAGACUAGCUAACAACUGAUUAGUAGCUUCUAUUAACGUAUCACUGUUGUAUACAGGGUCUUGUAGCCUGAAAUAGAAAUGAAAAGAUGCUUUAGGCCACUUUAAUAUUACCGUAACAGUUGUCAAAAUGGGAAUUAGUUAUAUUGUUAUGAACCCUCACUAAUCAUUUGUCAAGGUGUGAAUUUUGUGCAGUGAAUAGGCUGCAGUUCUCAUAGUGAGAUUUGAUAAUGUGAGAAUAUGAUCCCUAUACUGCAAAUCAUGAUGUUUCAACUGUGAAAUGCUGCAGUACAGGAAAACUAAUUUAUCUUUGUAGACAGAAACUCAUCAUUCCAAUAAUUACCUUAAUGUUAAUUUCCACAUUACAAAAACAUAUUUUCUCACUCAUUUCUAGUGAUGUACAAAGGUUUUAGUUUUAUGUGCCCAGGUUUUGAGAUUUCCAUCUCCGAUUUCUGAUUUCAGAUUUCUAAUACAAAUGAAGGUGAAUGGAACUGUGUGAGGUUCAAAAUAUUGAAAUAUUACAGAAGCAUGCUGUCAAAAGUUUUCAUAUGAAGUAUUUCUCUGGUAGAACAUAGUUCCAAUAAAAAAAAAAACAUUUAAAGUGCGGAUUAUCAAAAGUAACCAGGACACUUUCUGUAAAGAGAUAUUGCUGUAAAAUGUUUUUUUUUUUUUUUUUUUUAUUGGAGUGGAGGCAAAUCAGUCCAAAACUAUCUGUACCACUAGAUACGACAAAGUGUGAACAUAUUUCAAGUGAGAACAUAUUUCUUUUUAAUUCGGGUGAACUGACCUUUUAAUGGGACUGUCUAACAUGAAUGGAAGUGCACAGUUGGCAGUUUGUAGGCUGUUGAAUUAAAAGUAAUGUUUUCGGGAGGUGUGCUGCUGCCACCUGUUCGUUCUGCCUCUCUGGUCACUUUCACAUAUAUGCAGAGAAGAACAGGAAGCACGGCAGCCUAACCCCUUCUUAUGUUUGCCUCUAUGCACUAAGACAGAAGUUCCACUAAUCAAUACACUAUUUUUGCUUGACUCGUCAAUUUGCAUCCCUGCACCUGGAUUAAUGGAGUUCUUUUGUACUGUGACAUUUUGUAUAGAGGUCAGUCAUCGAUAUCUUUACCUUGAGAAAAUGUCCUUCACUCCGGGUUGAGAAAUACAACUAGUGCCUUAGAUACCUAGAAGAAGAAAUUUAAGUGUUUUCUUAUUAUUGUUUACUUAUUGGUGUAAGAACCUGUUCUGUUGCUCUGUGGGAUUUAUUUGUUGCCUUUUUAUGUUUUGAUUUCCACUACAUACAGUACUGUGUGUUAGGACUCCGUAGUGCCAUAUUCACUUUUCUGCCCAUGUCACCAUGACAGUUAAUGACGCAGUAUACUUGCAAACCUAGAGGCAUUAAAACACACGCAAAAAGACGAAAGCUUGAAUGAAUCUAGUCGAAUCUUCUCUACUUCACAAGUAUCAUAGUAAACCAUCAGACUCCGUGUCAGGGGUUUGGGUUUCUGUAGAAUCACUACUGUUCAAAGGACUGAGGGGCUCACUUCAGUCUCACAUUGUCAUGAAAAGCACCUUGUGGUUUGUUUUUGUAUAUACAGAAGAAAUGUAAGUUUCUUAAAGGGGGAGGCAAAAAAAAAAAAAGAUAUUUAUGUCAGUGAGAACAGUGGAGCAUUCAUUUGUCAAUCUUUUUGAGAAUACUUUAUUUCAAUAAAGCACCUUAGCACCUGUGA